UGAGAGACCCCCCCCCAGCCGCACCCGGAGCCUCCACCUGCAUCGCCAAGAGCGCGACGCCUUCUUCAACCUCCUGGAAGAUGAGGUGGUGCAGGAGUUCCUGUCGGCGGACAUCUGCUGCAGGAUUUCUGAUAAGUACCUGCUGGCGAUGGUGCUGACCUACUUCAAGCGGGCUGGCCUGCCCCCCACCGAGUACACCCGCCUCAACCUCUUCAUUCUCAGGUACCUGGCGAAUGACAUGGAGGAGGAUGAGGAGGAGCAAAAGUACAGGAUCUUCCCCUGGGCUUUGGGCCGUCGCUGGCGCCGCCUCGUCCCCCGGUUCCUCCGGCGCCGGGACCGGCUCUGGGCCCGGAUGAGUUACCGGGCGGUCGUCAGCAGGCACUGCUGUGAGGAGGUGAUGGCGGCCGAGCCCGGGCACUGGGCCUGGGGGCGGGAACGGCCCCUGCCCCAUAGUGGGAGUGAGGUAAGUCCCCGUGUGUCCCCCCGGGAGGUGACAGUGACCCUGGGGUGA